AUGGGUGGGAGUCGAUCAGUAUCUGGCUCUGAGAGGGAGAGUCAGCCAAGAACUAAAAAAAUUCAUGAUGAUGGCAUGACCAAAACAACUCCAAACAAAUGGAAAGGGACAUGUGAAGAAGGUCAAGAUUUCAACACUUCCAUGUGCAACUUCAAGCUGAUUGGAGCUAGAUAUUUCAACAAGGGAGUGAUUGCUGCAAAUCCCAAUGUUACACUCAGCAUGAACUCAGCUAGAGACACUGAGGGUCAUGGAACUCACACAUCAUCAACAGUUGCUGGCAACUAUGUUAGUGGAGCCUCUUUCUUUGGGUAUGCUAAAGGGGUGGCUAGAGGCAUUGCACCAAAAGCUAGGCUUGCCAUGUACAAGGUUGUUUGGGAAGAGGGUCGUGUAGCCGCUGAUGUUUUGGCUGGCAUGGACCAAGCCAUUGCUGAUGGGGUUGAUGUGAUUUCCAUCUCUAUGGGGUUUGAUGAUGUUCCUCUUUAUGAGGACCCUAUAGCAAUUGCUUCUUUUGCAGCAAUGGAAAAAGGGGUGUUGGUUUCAUCUUCUGCAGGUAACUAUGGUCCUGAUUUUGGUUCCUUGCACAAUGGAAUCCCCUGGCUUCUCACUGUGGCUGCAGGCACCAUAGACCGCACAUUUGGUGCUCUAGUUCUUGGAAAUGGCCAAACCAUCGCUGGUUGGACCUUGUUUCCAGCAAAUGCCAUAGUGGAAAAUCUUCCACUUAUCUACAACAAGAAUAUAUCAGCAUGUAACUCAGUCAAGGUGUUAUCCAAAGUGGCCACACAUGGGAUCAUUCUCUGUGACACUAAGUUAGACACAGUGUUCAUGUCUAAGCAAAUGUGGUUUGCUGAUAAAGCCAGUUUGUUAGGGGCAGUGUUUAUCUCCGAUUCCCCUUUAUUAGAUGACACAGGUAUUGGCAGAUCUCCAAGCAUUGUAAUCAGUGCACAGGAUGCACAAUCCGUGAUCAAGUAUGCAAAAAGCCAAAAGAAGCCAACAGCCAGCAUCAAAUUUCAACAAACAUUUGUUGGAAUAAAGCCAGCACCAGCUGCUGCCUCUUACUCUUCAAGAGGUCCUUCACCUAGCUAUCCUGGGGUCUUAAAGCCAGACAUAAUGGCACCAGGCUCAAAUGUUCUUGCUGCUUUCAAUCCUCAUUUGGAAACAGCCACCAUUAGCACCAAUGUGAUCUUACCUAGUGACUACAAUUUGUUGUCUGGAACAUCCAUGGCCUGCCCUCAUGCUUCCGGUGUUGUUGCUCUUUUGAAAGCUGCACACCCUCAAUGGAGUGCUGCUGCUAUAAGGUCUGCACUAGUAACCACAGCUAGUCCUCUAGAUAAUACUCAAAAUCCAAUUAGAGACUAUGGUUACCCUUCUCAAUAUGCUUCCCCUCUUGCCAUUGGAGCUGGUCAAAUUGAUCCUAACAAAGCACUUGAUCCAGGUUUGAUAUAUGAUGCCACCCCACAGGACUAUGUUAAUCUCCUUUGUGCUUUGAACUACACAAAAAAACAAAUCUUAACCAUCACAAGAUCAACCUCCUACAACUGUUUCAAACCAUCCUUUGAUCUUAACUACCCUUCCUUCAUAGCUUUCUACAACAACAAAACAAGGUCAGUUUUCCACCAGUUUAGGAGGACAGUGACCAAUGUUGGAAAUGGUCCUGCCACAUACAGAGCCAAGGUGACACAACCUAAGAGCUUUGUGGUGACAGUAUCACCUACU